CUUUGUAAUAUUGUGUUUUGUUCCUGACCUAAUUCGACUAACAAACUGUGUACUUGUAUUUUAUUAGCAGUUAAGGCCGUGUAGGCAUGUGUAAGAUAGUUAUACAAAUGCAAACUAGAAUGUUGGUUAUAUGCACCUUAAUGUGAAAAAGAAACUAUAUUAUUAGUUAGAAUCGGAGUGUGUUAGCGCUAUAUUUAAUAAGACUGGCUGCAUCUGAGAGAAAUCUGUGAGCAAAGUUUUAUUUUGUGAUUAGUUCUUUGACUUUGAUUAAACAGUUACACAAUCGUAAGAGACUCAGUUCUUUUGUAAACAAGUUUUCUUAUAAAUCCCAAGAAUGUUCGAUGUUGGACUUCUCAAAACAUGCUUGGUGGCUGUCACAACUCUGUUCUUCAUUUGGUUAGUGCGCAAGAUUUACAAGAUGAUUCUCAAGUUUCACUACUUCAAUCAACUACCAGGAGAACCAAGUUUCUCUUGGCUGUAUGGAAAUCUCCACAAGCUCCCAAAAACUGGAGAGGGAAGAUUAGCUUAUGGCUACUGGCUUCUCACUAAUAUCAACUCAAAGUUUGUUCGUUUUUGGCUAGGUCCAUUUCAACCUAACAUCACUGUAUUUCACCCAGAUACUGUAAAACUGAUUCUGAAGUCUUCUGCUCCUAAAGCAAGAGGUCUUGGGGGUGUUUACCAAUUUGCGCUGCCCUGGAUAGGCGACGGUCUCAUUGUUUCCAACGGGGCCACCUGGGCCAGGGCCAGAAGACUCCUCACUCCAGCCUUUCACUUUGACAUUCUGAAGAAUUACGUCUCGGUGUACAACACAGCAGCUGAUACGUUGGUAGGAAAACUAGACAAACUGGCCGAAAGUGGCGAAAGUUUUGACCUUUGUCCCCCCAUGACCUUGUGCACCCUAGAAAUAAUUCUAAAAUGUGCCAUGAGCUAUGAUGCAGAUGUCCAGAGAAUUGGACAUCAUCCUUAUAUCAAAGCAACAAGGGAAUUAGCGAUAUCAUGGUUUGAAAGAAACAGAAAACCAUGGUUGUGGCCAGAUUUUAUCUUCAAAUUGACAACGUUAGGCAAGAAGUUUUUAAAAAACUGCGACUAUGUACAUCAAGUAGCGGAAGAAAUCAUCAAUAAACGAAGAGAUCAACUGGUGAGAGAAAGAAUACAAGCAUUAAAAAACAAAGAAGGUCUUCCCUCGAAAAGUCAUCUAGAUUUCCUGGAUAUCCUUUUGUCAGCCAGGGAUGAGGACGGUAAGCCAAUGACCGACUUGGAAAUACGAAAUGAAGUGGACACUUUUAUGUUUGCAGGACAUGAUACGACUGCCACUGCAGCCCCUUGGAUAGUUUACUGUUUAGCGAAGAAUCCUGAGUACCAAACAAAAGUCCAAGAUGAGAUUGAUUCAGUUUUAGAAGGCAGAGAUUCCGAUUGUAUUUUGUGGUCAGACAUCUCUAAACUCCACUUCCUUGCACUGUGUAUCAAAGAAGCGAUGAGACUCUACCCUCCAGUCCCAUUCAUACAGCGCCGCCUUAACGAAGACGUCACCAUUGAGGGCCACAAGAUUCCCGCUGGAAACAUUGUUAAUGUAGCCAUUGUCCACUUGCACAGAAACCCAGCUGUCUGGGAUCAGCCUCAUGAUUUCAUCCCAGAGAGGUUCUUGACAUCAAAUUUGAAAGACCAAGACUCUUUCUCUUUCACUCCGUUCUCAGCAGGCUCCAGGAACUGUAUUGGACAAAACUUCGCCUUGAAUGAAGAAAAAGUUUUAAUAGCGCGCUUAUUUAGAAGAUAUCGUUUUGAGAUACCACCAGACGCCCCACCAUCAAACAGAGUUGCACAAACAAUACUGAAAAGUGAGCAUGGCUUGUGGUUUCGGAUUAAAAAACGAUAGAGUGAAAUCAAUCACCAAACACAUUUUCUCUUCAAUUUUGUAUUCUAGUAUCAAUGAAAGUUUUUUCCUUUUAAUGCUCACAUAAUGUCUUGAUUAACUCAGUGAUAUAUUGAAUAAGACUAGUCUUGUUGUAUUGAUUAUAAAAUGCAUAAAACAAAAUGUAAAUAGACGUACUUAUAAAACUGUUAUUGUUCAUAUAUCAUCAAAAAAGAGGGGGGCAUUAAAUUUUUUAAGACUUUGUGAAGGUAAAAUGUAAAUGCUGUCCAGUGGGAAACAUUGAUAAUAUUUUGUGGUUCGGCAAUAGACUGUACGAUAUAAAUGUAACAGAGGUGCCAAACGUAAGCGCUGUAAAGACCAAAUCAGGCGCCAUUUUGUUUUUACUGAUAUAGCUGGAGAGCUCUCACUAAGCUCGCAGGACACACAUUUGAGACCCAAAAGAAGCGCCCUUGCAAGCGACAAGCUCAGACGACGAAAAGAAAUGUUUCAUAGACCUCUUGCGGACAACGGCUUUAAAUUUGUCAAAAUAUGUAGGUCGCAACUGGGUUUGUUUGAUAGAGUAAAAUACUGAACUCAUCUUUAGUCCUAGGAAUUUAAGAUACUGCGUUAUAAGUCUUAUACUUUUACUUUACCAUAGAAGUGUUGAAGAUGCACUGGGAGUCUGUGGUAAGGCUUGGUUAAGUGUUAAACCUUAUUCUUAACCCAAUAUCCACCACUUCCUUGCAUCGUAUCCUGAGAAUCUAUAGUGGUACACAAGCACUCGGCUGGACUUAUCUUCUAAAUGGAAUGACAUCAACUCGAAGUUGUCAUUUCUUAUGCAGUCACGUGACAUUCGCUAGAUUUUCUUGGAAAAAUUUUUACGUUCACUGAAGUUCUUUUCAAGUCAUACUGUUGAUCUAACACUUUCUUCGAAGUCAAAAAUGGAAUCAUUUGUUUCGAGCUUACAAUUUCGCGCUCAGUAGCAUGAAUGGAUAGUCAAGUUGAUCGAGCGCCGAGAUACUAUCUCGAAUUUUGUGGUCAUUUUUUUAAUGUCUACAAUUGUCUUUGAAAAAUGAAAUAUAAAAAUUUAGUUUACUAUAUUAUCUAAACAGGAAAAAAAAAUAAAACUUGUUUUUAAUGCUUUUCGAUUGUAAACAUUGACUGGCCAUAGUUUAAUUAAGAAGUCAAAUCUUUAAUUUACAUGUUUUAUGGAAUUAUUUUUUGUUAUAUAUAGAAGCUUUUUUUCUUUCCAUUGUUGAUGUUUCCUUGAUACGACUUUAGAUCAAGAAAUAACCACAAUAUAAACGUUGUGAAACUUACAACUCAAAAAUAAUAAAAACUUUAUUCAGA